CGCAAUUUUGCAACACCUUGGCAUUUCAAUUCUGCUCUUUCUUUCAGCAUAUUACAUCUAUCUAUUCCCACUUGUGCCAGUUGCAAUGGCCGACUGCAACAAGUCAUCAAUUGAAGCCUGGGAGUAUAAUCCCGGGGACGAAGAGAACUCCAAGCUUCCUCACAAGUUCUCGCCCAAUCGUCCAGUGCCGCUUUCUCACGUUCACAGUCUUGGCGUUUUAACAUGGAAGCUAGACGCCGACAACUGGGAGAGCGACCCCAAACUAGAAGAGAUUAAAGUCGAGCGAGGAUAUAACUACUGGGAAAAGAUCACUGUAUCUCGGGAAGCUAUGGCUGACUUUGAUGCUCGAGUCGGGGGAUUCUUUCAAGAACACAUGCAUUCUCAAGAGGAGAUACGGCUCAUCCUUGACGGAAGUGGCUACUGGGACAUUCGGGACUAUGAUGACAAAUGGGUGCGUUUCCGUGUCCAGAAAGGAGAUCUGGUAGUGCUACCGCCAGGCAUGUAUCACCGCUUCACGCUCGACACAGGCGAUUACAUUGAGGCCCUGCUCCUCUACACUGAGGUGCCAGAGAGAACUCAGCACCAACGAGCCGAGGACAGCAUUGCCCGCAAGAAUUACGUCAAGCAAUUCCUCGACGUCCAUACGUUGCAAAUCGAAGCGCAGUGAUCGUGGCCCUGCCAGGAACAUGGAGAAUUUUGCUUGGAGCUGGAGAUGAUUUGGAGUAUAUAAUUGUUUUCGCUUGCUUGCUACUUGUAAAACGGGGAGAAGAGCUCUGUGAAUACUUUGUGUGCUCCCCCGUCACUGCCAUUAAUCUUCGAAAGUAAACUAUUUUCCGCCGAAA